AUGCCGAUCGUGGGCGGGCUGCAGCCGCCGUCCGCGGAAGAUGAGGAGCAGGAGAAGCUGGAGUCGCGGGAGGGGAUCGUGGUGGUGCUGGAGCAGGCCACGCUGGAGGUGGGCAAGGUGGGGAAGAGCAUGGUGCUCCUCAACUGCGACGACCACGCCAACUUCCUGGCGCGCCACGACAAGAGCCCCGCGGACUACCGCCCAGACAUCUGCCACCAGGCCCUCAUGUCCAUCCUCGACAGCCCACUCAACAAAGCAGGGCGGAUCAGCGCCAUCUACGUGCACACGCAGAAGAACGUGCUGUUCGAGGUCAGCCCGCAGGUCCGCCUGCCGCGCACCUUCCGCCGGUUCUGCGGCCUGAUGGCGCAGCUCCUGCAGAAGCUGUCCAUCCGGUCCAGCAACGGGCCCGACAAGCUCCUGCGCGUGGUCAAGGGGCCCGUGACGCGGCUGCUGCCCGCCGACUGCAAGCGCAUCGGGUUCUCCGCGCACGCCGACCGCACGCUGUCGCCGACCGCGCUGGCGAAGGAGUUCCCGCGCGGCGAGAAGACGGUGCUCGUGGUGGGGGCCAUGGCGCACGGGAGCAUUGAUGUCACGUACACCGACGAGACGCUCUGCGUGUCGAACUACCCGCUCAGCGCCGCCUGCGCGCUCGCGAGGCUCCUGGGUGCCGUCGAGGCCGAGUGGGGGGUCGUGUGA